ACAACUCAAUAAAUCAAUAAAUAAAAAUUAGAUCAAAGCUUAUGUGUUGCUUUGACCUAAAAAAUGUUAAUUUCACCAAAAAAACUCAUUUUUCAACGUGGAAGGAUUAUUAAACAACAAAUUAAAUUAUCAAACACUAACACAAAAAUCCCAGUGAUAUAUCAAUUUGAUUCACUGCAAUCUAUUCAAAGUCCAUUUCAACUGGAUAAAUCAUCUGGAACAAUCAAGCCAAAUUCGAGCAUAUCAAUCACAGUGACUUUUUCACCAACUGAAAAAAAAGUUUACAUAAAUCAUUUGGCUUGUUUAAUUUUAAAUGAAGCUCCAAUAUUUAUUGAGCUUUAUGGAUAUUCUGGAGUUUCGUUUAAUAAAGAUUAUCAAAAUUCUCUUGAAGCAUCAAUAUCAAGUAAUUCAAAUCAAUUUAAUAGAUAUUUUAUUGACAGCAAUAUUCGUCAUAAUCAUCAAAUUCCUCCUCUGUCAAUAUCAAAAAGUUAUUUUAUUUUCGAAACAAAUGGAUCAAGGAGUCCUAAAUCUCAAAAAAUAUCAGUUACAAAUCAUUGCAAAGAAGAUAUAUUUUUCCAGUGGAAUCAAAAUCAUCAAGUUUAUUGGCUCUAUAAUCAAACAGAAAAUGAUAUUAGUUAUUAUAUCAACAGUGAUGUAUUUGAAAAUGUCAAUACAUAUAAUCACAGUAAAUCCUCACUUAUAUGUUCAAAUAUGAGUGGAGUUAUUCCUGGUAAAUCUUUUUAUCCAAUAUUUUUCAAGUAUUAUCCUCGAAGAUCUGGAAAUUUGAAAUCAACUUUGAUUAAUAAUAAAAUUAUUGAUUUGUUCAAUAAAGAUAUUUGUAACAUUUCUCCAUUGAAUUUUGAUCCUGUUGAACUAAAUCCAGAUUUUAUUGUACUAUCAUCAAUGGUGUGUCAUGGUCAAGUUUUGAAAAUGAUUAUGCUGGUAAAUAAAAGUUGUCAAGAAGUGUUUGGCUAUCAGUGGAAAAUAUUCAAUAUUCCCGAUGUUAUUAAAAUUAUUGUCAAACCCGAUAGUGGUAUUAUUCAACCGAAAUCAUUGCAAACAUUUCGUUUGAUUAUUGAUUGUGGUGGAAAGGCUUGUAAAGUCAACUGCCAUGUUUGUUGUGAGUUAAUUAAUCUUGAUGAAAAAAGAACUUAUCAAAGAGAUAAAAUAAUAUUUCAUAAUGAUGAUAGUUAUAAAAAUUAUGAAGAAUUUUUAAUUACAGAGAAAGGAACUUUUUUCAAAGAAAUGUCUAAAAAAAAUAUAAAAACUCCAACAACUUUUAAUAAAGUACUUUGUGUAAGUUGUGUUAUUGUUAAUGAAAAAAAAUUACCAAAUGACAUAAGAGUAAAAAAGUUUCCAUCACGAGAAAUUCAAUUAAAUAAUAUUACCGAUAAAAUUUAUAUUUCAAAAAAUAAUUUUAACACUACAAAACUUGUACUUGAAAAUAUAUUAUGUGAUAUACUCGAUGAUAAA